UACUUUCUUGGGAACUCCAGCGAAGGACUAAAGAAUUAGAAGGUAAAGAUGCCUUUUGAAUGCAACUAUGUUUUGCUUCACACUGGACAAAGAAUGCCUUUGGUUGGAUUAGGUACUUGGAAGAGUGAUGCUGGACAAGUAAAGGAGGCUAUAAAGUAUGCCCUUAGUGUGAGCUAUCGCCACAUUGACUGUGCUACAGCUUAUAGCAAUGAAGCUGAAAUAGGUGAAGCACUCCAGGAGACUGUUGGGGCAGACAAGGCUGUCAAAAGGGAAGAACUGUUUGUUACAUCAAAGCUAUGGAACACCAAACACCACCCAGAAGACGUGGAGCCAGCUUUAAGGAAGACUCUGGAAGAUCUAAAGCUGGAUUACCUAGACCUCUACCUUAUGCACUGGCCACAUGCCUUCGAGCGAGGAAAUAAUCUCUUCCCCAAGAAUCCUGAUGGUACAAUGCGUUAUGAUUAUAUUGACUACAAAGAUACAUGGAAGGCUAUGGAAAAAUUGGUGGGAAAAGACUUGGUAAAAGCUAUUGGACUUUCAAAUUUCAAUAGUCGACAGAUUGACGAUGUUCUCAGCAUAGCUUCUGUCAAGCCAGCAGUUUUACAGGUGGAAUGUCAUCCUUACCUAGCCCAGAGAGAACUAAUAGCUCAUUGCCAUCAGCGGGGGCUGGUGGUAACUGCUUAUAGUCCUCUUGGUUCAGGUGACCGGAUGUGGAAGCACCCAGAUGAGCCAGUAUUGCUGGAAGAACCAGGGAUAAAGAAGCUGGCAGAAAAAUACAACAAAUCUCCUGCUCAGGUUCUUCUCAGAUGGCAAGUUCAGCGGAAAGUAGUUGUUAUUCCCAAGAGUGUUACUCCUGCACGCAUACUCCAAAAUCUUCAGGUGUUUGACUUCAGCCUGACCGUUGAAGAGAUGAGCUUUAUUGAAGGCCUGAAUAAAAACUGGCGAUAUAUUGUGCCAAUGGUUACGGUGGGAGACAAAAUGAUAGCAAGAGAUGCUGGACACCCCCUAUAUCCCUUCAAUGAUCCAUAUUAAUUCAUAGAGUUUGCCAAAAUGAGAAAUGUAUUUCCAUUCAGGACUGCUAGUGCCAUCAAUUAAGAAAUUAAAAAAACCCCUAAAUAAUGUUUUAUAUCUGUAGGAUUGCAUUUAAUCCUGAAGAGUUAACAAUGGUUUGAGAGAAAUAACUGUUUAACAAUAUAAAUUGUACAACCUGAAAUUUUUUUACAAGAUCUUAACUAACAUGUUUCUGCAUCUUUUUUUAAACAUCUGGACCAAAGUGUUUUCUCAAAAUGUAAUAAGGUGCAAAGAGGAAUACAUGCAAGAAGUAUAUAGCAAUAG